AUGCCACAUUAUCAAGAGGUAGAUGAUGCUAGUGGAGAUGGUGGACCCAUGGCUGCUACUGGCCCAAGUCGAGAAGCGGUCAAGAAGAUGGAUCAAAUCAUUCAAAAUUUCCAUACGAAAGCUGCGAUCAUCGUUCUAGGAGCAAGAGUAGGACUUCCUGUAGUCUUCACCAAAGAAGGAACCAAGAAAGUCAACAAAUGGUUUCAAAUCGAAACCGAUGAUACCGAUGCAUAUCGAGAUGAGCUUCAUACUUGGCGAAUGUGCGGCGGCUUCCAGAAUCGACCACCGCCACUGAUAAUAGAAACAUAUCUCGAUACUUCACACUUAACGAGCAGUCAGAGAUUGGUUAUCGUGGAUGAUCUGGGGAAGCGAUGGGAUGCUUUGGAUGCUUUAAGUAAUUCUUGUGGUUCGAAUGAUGGACGUAGCGAAGUCAUACUAGAACGUUGGAAAAUUGAGCUCAGAGAUAUUCCGGGGGAGCAGCCUUAUGAUUUUGGGUCUACAUUACCCACGAUCUACAAAAAGUGCAUUGUCUUCUUCCGCUCAUUAUAUUCAACAGCAAAACUUGUGCCAGCUUGGAAAUUCAAGAAGAGCCUAGGGAAGAAUGGAUCACCAACAAACUCAUUAAUUAUCAAUUGCCGUAUUACAACCGGUGAUACUCAACCACGUCGAAUCGAUGGCUUAAAGCAACCCAUACUUGAUCAUAGUGGCCCAGUCACCUCAACUUACGUUCUUGGAGCUACUGAUACUCCAGCUGGUCAAAUCUUUGCAGAAGUAACAUAUCGAAAUGAUUGUAACUUUCGUGUUGAUGAUUCCGAAUCUAUUCUCAGUUCGAGAUUUAUGGGCGCAGAUGAACAUUUUUUCACGCCUUCCUUGGCCGCCAAAGGAGAUUUAAGUCGACGAAGGUCAACAAAGCAAACGGAAAUUGGGUCACUUCCAGCACACAAGCAUCUGACAGAUGAUUCUGGGCCGGUCCAAACAUAUGGAAGUUUAUCAACAUUCCAUGGAAAUGCCCCACCAAGAGGCUCAUCCCCAAUGUCCGCCUUGAGGGCGCAAAGACCCAUCGGAUCAGACACAAGUUCUCCACCUGUAGGAUCUCUACCAUACUCACGACCAUCACUCACAUCGAAAGGUUCUUUGAAGUCAUUCGAAGGUAUGGCACUGGCGAGAAGAACAUCCUUGUCCUUUCAGCCAUUUAAGGCUGGCUCUCUAUCUUCCUCCCCUAGUCGUGCUACUUAUGCUGGUGAAACUCUACCUGCAUCUCCAGGAUCUCUACCUAGAGCAUCAGGGAUUAGUGCACUUGCGCAAGCAAGAAAUCGUUCUUCUCUCACAGCUGGUAUGCCAGCGACUUUGAGAGGUGGUCCCGUGACUUCAGAUAAUGUUGUUCCAACAUCUGUCUCAAGCUCACCAAAACCUGCCCCAAUCGCUCGAUACAGCAGCAGCUUCACACACCGUCGCAGCAGACCAUCUUAUGGAGGAGCUAGCAAGUUAGUUGAUGAUGAUCAAGGUAGCAGUGGCAAACAGAGUGUUUCAUCUUCUGUGCAGCCAGGUUCUGGUAUUCUUGCAGAAGCUGGAGCAGGAGGAAGUUCCGGAUCUUUACAAACUGAUGAUGACAAUAUAUCUGAUUUCUUGAAACUUCUGGAUAGUAAGAAGACUUUACAAAGCUUUGAGCCUUCCGGAGAAGCAUCGAAAAAAAGAGCCACUGCACAAUUAUCCAAAUUUCAAUCAAUGCGGGACUCACAUAAUGCUCUGACCGAUUCUAUGGCUUCCUCAAGUAUGCUUCAAAGAUCUUCAAGCUCUUCAAGUCGACAAUUGUCUAGUGUACCUCCCAUGGUUGCUGCCACCUCGAUCUCAGCAGCAUCCUCCCCAGGUAAACCCAUCUCGCCACACACUCCUCACACUCCAGCCAUACCUUCACGAUUAAGUGCAAAUUCAAUAGCUGAGUAUGACCAACCACGAAGAGUGACUCGACGAAGCAGGACCACAGAGGCAAGGUUAGAAGAUGUCCAAGAUAAUGAUCACUCUAAUGAUGCUGGUACAAAUGCCAUCGAUAUUCCUACCUCUCCACGACCUUAUUAUCCCCACGCUCGAAGAUCAAGUUCCGUCGCUCAGCAACACCGAGCACUAGCAAUUGACGAUGAUUUGGGCGAUCUUCCAUUUGGGGUACAUAGAAGUAUUAGCUUAGGAGCCGAUGAUCGAGAACCACCAAGCCUAAGUACCCUUUUGAAUAUAGGACAAGCCUCCGAUGAUGUGGAAUCACCAACUGGACAAUCACCAUCACUACUUCAACCAGCUCCUCGCAUCUCCGAAGGAUCUACUGCCAUGUCUCGUCAAACAUCCUCAUCUUUGGAAGCUCAUGAUUCGGAAGUUCCUCAGCUUUCUCGAUUUAGUGGCCCAGGAUCUGCAAAUUCACCAUAUCGACCACGUAUCGGUAAAACUGGUGGACGUGGAGUUACUCCACCGCAGACAGGUUCUUUUUCUAGUCUUCUAGUAGAUAGGGGAAGUGCGAGUGGCAGCGAAAGAGCCGGUGGUGGAAGAUAUAGCUUCAGUAGAGGUAUCGGAGCAUAUGAAGCAGAUGAUGAGCCACUUCUCUUCGAUAUGAGUGAAAUUGGGCGAGAUAUUUCCCGAAGAAGCAUUGACGAACCCAGAGGCGGAUAUGAGGCAAGUAGAGGAGGUGACUCUGGCUCAAGCAGUCGUAGAGGUAGCCGUUGGGGCAGGUAA